UGGUAGAAGUUCGCAGAGUCCGGAGCCGCUGAAAGUCUCUGCGAGACCGUCUGUUCGCUGCUUUCGCGUACGGCACAAUCCAGCAGAUCUGCACGGGGGCGAGCCCACGUUGGUCGGAAGAUGCUUCUGAGUGACGAGACCAUCGUCCAGCGAGUACUAGUUACUAGUUUGUGUAUCGCGCUGGUGAUUGUUUUCUGUCGGAGUCGCGCUUCCUGCCUCCUCCCAUCCUUUUCCCUUGCCCUCCUGAUUAGGGUUCUCAGGUGUUGCGGAGUGUCAUGGGGAAAAUUUGCUCCUUCUUUUAGAACGAUUUUGGCCACAAAUCCGAGUGUUCAUGGAUUAUGAAGUGCAGUGUUAUCAAUUUCAGCAAAGGCGAGGUAGCUUAGGUACGAGGCGUUAGAGAAUCCUGAGGUGGAAGAAGGUGGAAGAGGGCAGGAAGAUCAGAAGACGGAAAAAGAGAGAGAGGCGGAUGAUCUGAUACUGGGAGGUCAAGGUAGUACGAACAGAGAGGGAGGGGAGAGAUAGAAAGGGCGAGAGGGAGUGGGGUGAAAAUGGUCUCAUCGCUUCGGACCGAUUCCUCUUUGAGUAGGAGCAUAGUCAGCUCGUUUCUGCAGUUUUUGAGCACCGUAGAAGCAGCUCCAGGGCAAGAUACGGAGGGAAUAGAGGUUGCUGCGCAGUGUCUGGCUGAAGUUUUUGGAAUCAACAAUCAAAGGCCGGAUGAGCGGAUUCGCCUGAUUUCUUUGAUCGACUUGUUUAAUUCAGCCGGUGUGCUGCAUGCAAGUGAUAUAAAGGAGCAUGUGCCGAGCGCCCCGACCACGCCUGCGGGUGAAUCGUCGCAGUCCAGUGCCUCGCCCUCGGCUGGACCUGAGGAUGAGUUACUUUUGAACCAAUUCAAUGAAGGGUUGGACAACGCCGGGUUUUUCGAAGGGACUGUGCAAGGAACGCCCGAACACGAGGAGAAGCUGAAACAUGCGAUGAGUGUUCUGGAGGAAGCGAGGAAAAAAGUCAGAUCUUCUGUUUCUGCCCCAAGCUGGAGCAAGUAUUAUACGGAGGAUGCUCUUGUGCUUGCAGAGGCUUUCAAAAUCCAGGGCAACAUCACGUUGAACGCAUUACAGUAUGACACAGCUAUUCAUUUGUAUACAAUUGCUAUUACGUUGUGCCGUGAUAAUGCCAUAUUUCAUUCCAACAGAGCUGCAGCUCUAACAGCCAACGGGAACUACGAGGACGCAAUUGCGGACUGCCAUGCAGCAAUGAAGCUGGAUCCACUUUACAGCAAGGCUUACAGUCGUUUAGGAUUAGUCUACUAUGCCCAAGGUCGGCUGCAAGACGCAAUAGAAAAAGGUUUCAAGAAGGCCCUGGAGUUGGAUCCUUCUAGCACAUCUGUACGGGAGAAUCUUCGCGCAGCUGAACUGAGAUUGGAAGAACAGCAGAGGACCAGUCAAUCUCAAGACUCUCCUACCCAGGGCUCUAGCAAUCAGACUUCCAGCUCAGGGUUCAACACAAGUUCCUCGACGAAUGCGCAGAUUCGAGACCAAAUUGCCAGUCUUCUCCCUGGUCUUAUGAAUAUGGCUACUCAGUUCGGACAAAGAGUAGCUCAAGAAACACAACCAUCUGCUGGAUCGAACCAGGGUCCAGGUCCAAAUGCCAGAGACCAAUCUAGUGGAGGCCAAUCUGGUGGAGGCGUAAACGAUAACGGUGCACAUCGUGAAGAGUCUGAAUUUAGAGUGGACACCUUAAAUGGACAAGAACUCCCUCCUCAGUAUGCUGGAUUGAUGCAGAGUGCGUUCGAACGGAUCUUUGGUUCGUCUCAAGGUUCUCAGGCAGGUUCUCAGGCAGGUUCUCGCGCAGGUGGUUGGCCACUUGGGACUGAUGUCGGUAUCAAUUCUCAACAGGGUCCUCCUGGGACAAGUUGAGCGCGUGUUUAGAUGACUGUGAAGUUUAUACUCAGUCUAGAUGAGCGUAGCUGGCCAAAUCACCAAUCACGAGAGUGUCUUCAUUUUCUGAUUACUUCCACUUCUGUUCGAGAAACUUGUAAAUUGCUCCCUCAUGCUUGGAUAUGAGCCAAAGUGUCAGACAGCUCUGCAAGCAGAUUGCUUUUCACAACGUAUAUUGCCAGUAGAUAUACGCUUUAUAUACUCAUCUGUAACAUCUAGCAGUUACGUUGCCAUUCAGGACAACAAUUUUCCCGACACCGCAGUGAAGAACACUUCCAAGAGAUAUAGGUCAAAGCCUCGUAAAUAGAUGGCAAAAGGUUUUGUAAAUUGCUUAGAAAGUGAUUCCCACGGCACCCGUAAUGUAAUAUUUUAUCAAUAUGUAAAUUCUCAAACAGUAGGGUGGCAGCAUAGGGCACCAUUCAAUG